AAUAUUUUUUUUCUUUUCUAAAGUGGGCUCUUGAAUCGUGACUAAUUACUUACUAGUACUUAAGCAAAUAUUCCAUAUUAGAAUUCAUACACCAAACAAGCCGUCUUUUUCCCGCCACAUAUCUCCUUCGCGUCUCGCUGUCUCUGAAAAUGUCGGAGCAUCCAUUGCAGGCACUGUUUCAAACUGUUGCGAAAGUCUCAAAUUCAAUUCAAGCCCAACUCUCUAAUCUCAUAGGCCAACCUCACCACUCCUCUCCCACAACCCAAACACGCCUUUUCUCUGUCUCUUCCUCCUCCAAAGUACGUUCGUCAGAAAAUGUCUCCACCCAUCCCCAGCCCACCGAUCUCAUCAACAAGAAAAAGGGAAAUUCGGCUAGUCCUUCGACUAAAGAAGAGCUUGGAAGAGCCACUUGGACUUUUCUUCACACUCUUGCUGCUCAGUAUCCAGAUAAACCAACAAGGCAACAGAAGAAGGAUGUAAAAGAAUUGAUGUCAAUAUUAUCACGAAUGUACCCCUGCAAGGAAUGUGCAGAUCACUUUCAAGAAAUUCUCAGAUCAAAUCCUGUACAGGCUGGAUCACAUGCUGAAUUCUCCCAAUGGCUAUGUCACGUGCAUAAUACAGUUAACAGAAGCCUUAGCAAACCGGUUUUCCCCUGUGAGCGAGUUGAUGCAAGGUGGGGCAAGUUAGAGUGCGAGCAGCGUGCUUGCGAUCUACUAGGACUUACUUCAGGAUUUGAAGACACAAUGUAUUAAGUACUUUCUGGAUCAGAUGUUGAAUUAUUAGAGUUGAUGGUAUUAUUGUACACAGCAUUGAUUGUAAUCAACUUCAUAUAAAAAAGUGCAUGAGUUACAGAUAAAACAUAUCGAUAGUACCCCCUUGCAUAUUUUGCGGGACUUUGCCCUUUGUGCAUGUGCAGCAGUAGACAAAGCUUGUACAUGAACAGCUUCUACACUUGAAAGGGCUAGAUUGAUCAAUUCCAUGGUUGUCCAAAUUAGCAAUUUUAAUU